UCUGCUCCAGUCUGCCAGUCGACCUUAACUAUUGAGCCACGUUUCAUAAUCGUAAUUAAUUACACAGAUAAAGAAUCAGCAUAUGUAGCUUUUAAACAAAAACAACAGUUAUCUACAUUAUAAGCUGGAAAUGUUUGUUGGCAACGGAAGUGAAAGCAUUUUUCCGUGACGGAAGUGAAAGUGGGGAAAGUUUCACUUCCGUUUCCAACCGAUAUUUCCAGCUAAUGAUAUUGAUACAAAACAAAAAUAAUUCUGUGGAAUUAUGAAUAAUACCACUUAAUUUUCACGAAAAUCAAUGAAGCUCGGCGUGAGACGGGCUUAUACACUAGUUCAUGUAUACGUUGGAACACCGUUUUACUCUGCCAAUCAACCCAAACAGUUUAAAUGCAGAUAUCUGCUUAAAACUCUUGGAGCCGUGCUCGUGGGACUGUUUUACUUUGUCUUUUUGAGUAAACCGAGAUGGAAAAAUGCUCCACCAGGUCCGAGUGGAAUUCCUUUUCUAGGAAAUUUACUACAAAUGGACAAAUUUCAACACAUUACCUUCAACAAGUGGGCCAAGGAGUAUGGACCGCUCUACAAAGUGAAGCUCGCCUCGUUAAAUAUGCUUGUCGUUUCGGACUACAAAAUGGUGAAGGAAAUCUUCUCCGAAUCCGCAUUUUCGGGUCGGAUGGACUUCACCGAUUUCGACUUUAUCAUGGACGGAAAACUGCACGGAAUUAUAAACACGGAGAGCGAGCAUUGGGAAGAACUCGGGAGAUUUACGCUCAGACAACUCCGCGAUUUCGGUUUUGGCAAGAAUUCCAUGGAGGACUCGAUCAUGCUGGAGGUCAACGACCUCAUCAAGGGACUAAAGGCUGCGAAUGGAAAACCUGUCAGUAACGUGAAGGAGAGGCUGCUUCUAGCCGUCGUGAACGCUUUGUGGGCUAUUUGUACGGGGAUCAGGCACAAACACAAUGACCGAGAGUUGAUUGGAAUGACGGAGAAAGCGAAUAAAGCCUUCGAAGGAAUUUUGGAGGGUGGUGGAAUCAUGCUGUUUAUGCCCUGGGUUGCCAAAAUGUUUCCUAAAUGGUCCGGAUACGGAUUAGUAAAACAAGAAUUGCUCAAUUUUACCAACUUUUUACGAAAACCAGUCACCGAUCAUAAAAAGACUCGACAGGAGGACUUUGACCGAGAUUUUACCGACGUAUUUUUGAAAGAAAUUCAGAAAACUACUGAUCCUAGUUCCGCAUUUCAUGGACAAUUGGGAGAGGACAACCUUGCCGCAACUUUGGGCGAUUUAUACUUAGCUGGAACGGACACCACUUCCACAACUUUGUCCUGGAUGAUGAUCUACCUCAGCAAAUUUCCCGACGUCCAGAAAAAAUUUCAGGCAGAGAUUGAAUCCAUUACAGGAAAUAGUAGACCCACCACGGUUUCCGACAGACCAAAAAUGCCCUACACUGAAGCCUUAAUCGCGGAAACGCUCCGCUUCUCCACCAUCACCCCGCAGGGCGUGCAACACAGGGCCAUCAAGGACCAAGAGUACAAGGGCUACCUCAUCCCGAAGGACACAGUCAUCACGGCGAACGUUUUUCACAUCCAUUUCGACCCAAAAGUCUGGGGCGACCCGGAGACCUUCAGACCCUCCCGAUUUUUGAGCCCGGACGGAAAAACGUUCAAGAAGCACGAGGCCCUCAUCCCCUUUUCGACCGGAAGGCGCCAGUGUCUCGGCGAAUCCUUGGCGCGAGACAACCUCUUCCUAUUCGCGACCAAUAUUGCGCAAAGAUUUGAAAUCCUGUUUGACAAGAACGGCCCAGAUAACGGAUUCGAGUCAAAACUGUCCUUUAUCUUAACGCCGAAACCCUUCAAUGUCAUUUUUAAGGAUAGAUUGGCUUAAUGGAAAAUUGCUUGUGUUUAAUUAUUGACAAUCAACUAGAAAAGCAAUGUCCUGCAUAAUGAUACAAAGCGUAUGCAAUAUUGGUAAAAAAUCACAAAAAUAAAAUGAGUUAGUAUUUACAACAUAUUUUAAAAUUAGGAAUUAUUUUCUUUUAUAAUAGUGAUUUAGUUUUAAUUUUACCAUACUACACUUCACAUUUAUUACGACACAUCGUUAGAAGUAGUACCAGAAAGUAAUUAAUUUAACCUCGGGUGAACUUAUGUAUCGAGAAUACAUAUUCCUAUUUGUUUCCUAAAUAAAUAUAUCUCGCAAAGAUUUGAAA